UUUAUCUUGAAAGGCCCUUAUUUCACAGUCCUAGACAGACAGACACAUAUUCCUCUCUCACUACAUGCCCGAGGUCUCCUUGCCAGUUUUUAAAAUUUCACCUCCACCCCCCCCACCUAAAAACUCAAAUUUCUCUAUACCAAUUACUUCACAUUUCCACUCAUCAUUCAAACCCCCCUCCCCUCAAAAACCCUCAUUUUCAAGAACCAAGAUUCUUUAAGGAAAAGACCCUGUAUAGUUCCAUGGCUUUGAUGUUGGAUAACUGUGAGGGUAUAUUGUUAUCCUUAGACUCACACAAAUCUGUCCCUGCUCCAUUCCUGACCAAGACUUACCAACUUGUUGAUGAUCCCACCACCGACCACAUAGUUUCUUGGGGAGAAGACGACACCACCUUUGUUGUUUGGCGGCCGCCGGAGUUUGCCAGAGACCUCCUCCCUAACUACUUCAAGCACAACAAUUUCUCCAGCUUCGUCCGCCAACUCAACACCUAUGGUUUCAGAAAGAUUGUCCCGGAUAGAUGGGAGUUUGCAAAUGAGUUCUUCAAGAAAGGGGAGAAACACUUGCUAUGUGAGAUCCACCGGAGGAAAACUGCUCAGCCGCAGGUGGCCCUUAACCACCAACACCACCACCAUCCCAUCACCGGCCAAAGCUUCUUCCCCUACCCUAGCCGAGUCAGCAUCUCUCCACCUGAUUCCGAUGAACAACCAAACAACUGGUGUGACUCACCACCACCGCUCCCAUCCCCUACCGGCGCAGUCCCCCCCGUGGGCAACGCCGCAAGUGGUGGUGUUUGUAGUGGCUAAAACAACGGUACUACCACCUCAUUCGCGGCACUGUCUGAAGACAACGAAAGGCUCAGAAGAAACAACAACAUGCUCAUGUCGGAGUUAGCCCACAUGAGAAAACUAUAUAACGACAUCAUAUACUUCGUCCAAAACCAUGUCAAACCAGUAGCUCCAAGCAAUUCAUUCAGCUCCUCUCUAUUCCUUUGCAACUCAUCUAAUUCUUCUGCACCAGCAGCCACCCCCAUUAAUGGCUCCUCACUGCUUCAGAAGCCUCUGAACCAACUCAUAGGGUACCAACAGAUGGCAGCAAACCCUAAGCAAGGUAACGGUUUUCUGAGUUCCUUCAACAUCAACUCAUCUUCUUCUCCAAGCAAAACUUCACAGAGCAGUGUGACAAUUCUUGAAGAGCCCACAAACAAUGACGCCUACAGAACUAAGCUGUUUGGUGUGCCACUCUCUUCCAAGAAAAGAUUGCACCCAGAAUACAAUUCCUCAACAGAGACAAACAAGACAAGAUUGGUUCUUGAGAAGGACGAUUUAGGGUUGAAUCUCAUGCCUCCUUCCCCAUGUUAGCUUUUCUUGAAUCACAGUUGAUUAUUAUUAUAAUAUAUGAUAUUCACCCAGCUUUAUCAUCUCUAGUUCUUGUUUCCCUUUAAAAUUUUAUGUUAGCUAGACGUGAUGAUAUCUUUAAAAAGAUGUUUCAGAUUGUGAGUACGUACGUCUGGGCGUUUGACUUGCUUCUCUGUAUAUACAACUCUCUCUCUCUAUAUAUAUAUAGCUUCGUGUUUAUGAUGUUGUCCCAGCCAGCCAUGAAUGCAGGUGGGUUUUGGCAAGACUGAAAUUAGAAGACGGAAUCAAGUUUCAAAUACUCCAAAACAAUGCCUUUUUUAGUUGUAACACCCUUUCUUGGCUUUCUCGUUUCUCUACUUUUCACCUUUUUUGAUAUAUCCGGCACUGCAACAUUCAAACGCCUUUGAUUAUUAAUGAAUUUGGUCUCAUGAACUCUUCUCUU